AUGCUCGACAUUAGUAUUAAGAUAGGAGAUAAUAAUAAGAAAGAAGAUAAGAAGAAGAAAGAUGAUGAGAAGACUAUUUUAGUAUUAGAAAUACGUGCAAUAUUCCCACGUUUUUUUUCUCUAAAUCAACGUUUUGAAAAUGUAAUCAAAGAAAUAGAUACAAAAGAGAUUAAAAUGAAUAGAAUGAGUCUAGAAUAUAAUAAACAUUUUCUUUUUAUAAUUAAAUAA